CUCGCGCGGACGACGUACGUUUCAGCGCGUGCUUCGGCCCGCCGUUUAAACUCCUCCAUGACAAUCUCGUGUCCGUCCGGCGCGGCGCAGCCCGGCUCCCGGUGUAUCAGCACGUCGAGUGCCGCGGUGUCGUGUUCCGCGCGAUGCCCACGUCACUAAGUCGCGUUACAAUCGUUGCGAUCCGUGUCCGGCGCAGUCAACGUAAUUUCGCUCGUUGCAGCGCGCGCGAUCUCGUGCAUCUCGCCCCUGCGUGCGUUUUCCCUUCGCGACGACCUCUGCGGAACGUGUCGUAACAGAAACAGAUGCGCCCAGCGUUACGCCUUGCCGCCGCGCUCCAACAUGGUUAUGGACAGCUGAAGCGUACUCCAGGCAGCCGUUGAACAGUCCCGUAGGGAAUACAAGCACCCAUGAGAGCAGGGGAGCUAAGCGGACUCCGUAGAGACAGCUCUGCCCCUUGCAAUCGCCGAGGGUCAGACACGACAAACGCGAGUGGUUCAAGGGUGGACGGGCGCACGUCGAAUGAACCUGUGAUACUGCGACGUGGACGCUUGCGUUAUAAGCGGCGAUUGUAAGAAACAGCAGCAUGACGUCGAGAACUAUGUACGUAGCGCAAGAGGGACCUGCGAACGCCCUAGCCCUGAACAAAGAUAACAAUCAGGUUGUGAUAGCCGGUCGCAAUGUUUUUAAAAUAUUUACAUUACUGGAGGACAAAUUUGAAGAAGCCUGCAAUCUUCGUGUUGGGAAAAAUCUGAACUUGAAUUUUUCCUGCAACGAUGUUGCCUGGAAUCUUAACGAUGACCAUAUACUUGCCACUGCAGCAACAAACGGUGCGGUCGUUCUGUGGAACCUGAAUAGACAGUCUCGAUCAAAACAGGAUCAUGUAUUCGUAGAUCACAAAAGAACUGUGAACAAAGUAAGCUUCCAUAUGACAGAGCCCAUGUGGUUGAUAUCGGGUUCGCAAGAUGGUACCAUGAAAUGUUUUGAUUUGCGAGCAAAAGAGGCUAUUAAAACUUUUUAUAGUAAUACAGAAUCUGUGAGAGACGUUCAAUUUUGUCCACAACAACCUCAUACUUUUGCUGCUGUAUCGGAGAAUGGUCAUGUACAACAAUGGGAUAUGAGAAAACCGGAACGUUACUUUCAGCAUUUUACAGCGCAUAGUGGCCCGAUAUUUGCUUGCGACUGGCAUCCAGAAACCACUUGGCUCGCUACAGCAUCUAGGGACAAAACUAUCAAAGUUUGGGAUUUAUCGGGUAAACCAAGUUGUGAUUACACUAUACACACUAUAGCGUCAGUGGGACGUAUAAAAUGGAGACCUCAGAAAAAGUAUCACAUAGCUAGCUGCGCUCUAGUCGUUGAUUGCAGCAUAAAUGUAUGGGAUAUCCGCAGGCCGUACAUUCCGUUCGCAAGUUUUAAUGAGCAUAAGGACGUUCCUACAGGUGUGGCGUGGAGAGGCAAUCCGCAGUCGUUCCUAUCAACAAGCAGAGAUUGUACUUUAUACCAUCACGUUUUUGACGAUGCAGUAAGACCGGCCAGCAAAGCAAAUCCACAGAGCGUGGCAAUAAGUUUAAAACAUGAUAUUACAUGUGCUUCUAAAGUGAAGUAUGAACCAGCGAGUAUUGCAAGACAGCUAAGUAAUUUAAUGAGGCGAACACCUGUGACAAACGAUGACGCCUUCUGCAUGGCUUCAAGUAUAAUGCACAGAUUUCGCGGGUGUGUACGCGAACCGACCUGGUUUAAGAUAGCCGCAGAAAAUUAUUUGCUUUCUGGAAAUUUAAGUGAAGCUUGUGAUCACAAUGCACGUGUUGCAUACGACUUUGGCAAUUAUGUUGUCAGCAAUGCGUGGCAAGUCUUGAAGAUUAUGUAUACCGACCCGUUCGAGAUACUUCAAAAGAGUGCACCGACUGUACCUAAAGAAGAUAUAGCCAACACGUCGAAUAUAGUACCAGGAGCAACAAAGAAUUCGGGUAUGGAACAAUCAAACGCGAGUAAACAAUCGAGUCACGAACAGGAUGCAAAAUCUCUUCAAGGGGAAAAUCCUGCUGGUGUUGCCAGUGGCGGUGAUGAUGAAACGGAAACAGAAACUGAAGCGCCGGAGAAUCAAAAUGUUAUAGGACCGUCGAAUAAUACGGAAACUGUUUUGCCAAGGAGACCGUUGCUUAGCGACAUACCUUCCACAUCCCGUGGUGAUUUCAUCUUCGGCGAAACUGAAUACGAACCCGUGUCUCUGGAACAUCCUGGCGAAAGUAGGCAAACUGUGAUGCGUAUGGAGGAUGACGAGUGGACUAAAGAAUUGCAAAAGGAGGCUUUUCCUUUACGGCACGAGAUCAAGGACCGAUCUCCACCACCGGAGCAAUUUCCCAAUCAUCCUCCUGAUCUCAAUGAGAAUUCAGCUUCCGUUAUAGUUGAGGAUCAACCUCAGUUAGUAGUUCCUGUUCUACCUAAGCCUCUUCCCUUUGAUUUUACACCUCACGUACUGGACGGGCUGCGCUUUCACACGGCAAUAAGAGAUGUACAGACGACAGUAUCGAUGCUUAUCGUUCUGGGUGAAAUAAGGAAAAAAUUGAAUAUUCCCAUAGCUCUACAGGAACAUUGGAUAUUAGAAUACUUGGACAUGCUUGGCAAAUUUAAACUCUGGCAUGUAGCUACGCAGAUAAUACAAUUGGCAUGGAUUCCUUCUAUAUCGCAAAUGAAUCAACAGUCGACUACGAUACAUGCGUGUUGCGUAGCAUGCACGAAAUCAUUGCAACGGUCUGCGUGGUUGUGUGAUCAUUGCCAUACGCCCGAACACGCUUUGUGUUCUCUUUGCAACCAGGUGGUUCGUGGUAUCUAUGUAUGGUGUCAAGGCUGUGCACACGGAGGCCAUGUAAAUCAUAUGAGGGAAUGGUUUAAUAGCAAUCGACAAUGUCCUACUGGUUGUGGACAUCUAUGUGAAUAUAACUAAGGAAAUACGUCAACAUUCGUUAUAAAUGUUGGAAUUUGUUUGAAAUAAAUUACUAUAAUAAGAAUAUCAUGACAUGAACGCAGCAGAAGAGUUCCUGUACAAAGUUAGGUUUUAUACAAAUGCAACAUAUGCGAUAUACAUAGAUAUAUUAAGCAAAACAAGUUGUUUAGAAAAGUUUAAAAUUAAUAAUAUCUAGAUAUCACUUAAAAUGAAUUAUCUAGGUGAUAUUCUAUUCAAUUCAGAUAAAAUUAUUAAUGAAUACACAAGUAUAUUUUUGAAGUAAUCCAUUGUACAUAAGAAUUGUCUUUCAAUUAAUUAUUUUGGAUUAAUAUGUUUGAGACAUGUGCAUAUGUGAAGCAGUGUAAAUUUUUUAAUUGAUAAGUAUUUUUAAUUGAUAAGAGAACGAAAGACUUUAUAUAAACUUAUUAACAAAUUUUAUAUAACUUUAUAACAAGAUCUUAAUUAAAUCUUUAUUUGUUUAAAUAGUAAUUCAAAAAUAUUUCCAUCUGGAAUUGUUCUAUCUAUUCUAGAAAUAAUUGUUAAUCCAUUACGUGAUGGGUUUAUAAGACAGUAAUUAUAACAUUUUAAUGUAAUAACUAAAUCACGUAACAACAUGCUUGUGUAAUCUUUUUUUAUUACAAAUUUUGAAAAUACUAAAAAUUCGAGCUUAUAAUUACUCAGUUUUGUGAAUUUAAUAUUUGAUAUGGUCACAUAUAUUGCUUUGAAGUCAAUAUUUACAUUAACAUUUGUGAAAGUAGAAAAUAUGUAUUAAUGAGUAUUUUAGUAGAAAUUAAGUUCACAAAGUAUCUAAUUUUAACUGAUAAAUAUAGUUAAGAGGAAACUGGUCUUUUUUGAUACAAUAAUGAUAAUGAUCAUUCAGCCGUUGAAGGAAGAAGGUAUAUGUCAAAUUUGUCGACAAUGUAUGAAAAAUCUGACAACAUAUAGCUGAUGAAAAGUAUCAAAUAAUAAAAUUUGUUUAUUCUAUGUGUUUGUAUUUUGUAAUAUUUAGAAAAUCAAGGUGUGCCUAAAACAACUGCAAAUUAUGAUUCGUCCUAUUCUAUGAUGAUAUAAAAAGGAAGCAUAUAAUCGCAAGUAAUAAGAAAUACAUUUAAAAUAUUAGGAUGUAAUUAUUAUCCAUUUUUAAUUUUACUUAAGUCAUACUCAUUAUUUAAUUGUGCUUACGUAUAUGUAUACAUAUCGCAUUUUUUGUAACAGAACUUUAUUUUCUAGUCGGAUUAGAUAAUAAUAGAAAUAAAUAUUUAGC